AGGUAUCUAGGCUAUAUUUAUAAUUUAACGAAAAAUUCAAUCGAACAUUUGAUUUAUUUACCUAUAUACUUAUUGCAAAAUGCUCUAUUCUAAUAUUGGGUUACGUUAACGUUACCAGAGCACCCAUGGAUAUUACGAGAGGCAGUUUAGAUGAUAUCUCCCGCCCGGCAUCCAACGAGCGUUCUCGCCCGGGUAGCCGUGUAUCAACUGUGUCACUGCCUGACGUCGGGAGAGUUUUUCAUCCCAGCCCGACGUCCCUGGUGGUCCUGAGCGAUGAUGUCCCCAACAAUAAGCAGGAUCACAGCCACUCACAUGAAAACCUCAGGUCUCCAGAUGAAAGUCUUCCUGAGAAAGAUGUAUCUGAUGAGGAGAACGAAGAUCCAGAACUCCAGAAGGCCAUCAAGAAAAUGAAAAUACUUGACAAAAUCUUGGCUUCAAGGAUCUCAAAUGAAAAAGAGGUCAAGAGAAAAGGAAAGGAGCUCCAUCACAAACUAUGGCAGGAACUAUUGCAGAUAAAGCCCAACAGAUCUUCAGAAUGGGCAGAUGAAGCAGAAAAUACAAGGAUGUUUUUGUCCCUGGCUCCUUCCAGUACUCACGGAUCCAGUGAAGAAUUGGACUUUGCUCCUGUGUUUGGGACUCAAGUGCCUGACAAAGAGUAUGAAAGACACAACAGACAAGUGGAGGAAAGUGAAAAGGACCUCAACACCACAGCAGCAGACUUGGCUGAAGUGUGUCACGAAGAGAGGGCAGAUGAGUCAGAAGGCAGCCAGAGUGGGGUUCCCAGGGGCAAAAAUAAACAAGACUUUGUGAAGAAAAAUAUUGAGUUGGCGAGUGGUGCUGGAGGCCCAGUGCAGAUGACACAGGUGGAGAAGUAUCGUCUCGAGGAGCUCCUCAGAGACAUGGAGGAAGGGGACAAUGCUGGGAAGGCAGGCUGUGAGGGAGACAUGUGGGCCACUCCAGUGCAAGCGGGUGAGGGUUACACCCCCGAACCAACAGAACGAGACCAGCUAAUUCACAUUGACUCCAGACUGCAGCUUCUCCUUCCUGUUGAAGACUUCCUGUCUGUGCGAAGCCCCUACCCUGACCACAGUCUGCCCCAGGCCCAGGAUCUGGAGGCUGGCUGGGACAGGUUGCCAGGAGAGAAGGUCCUGCAGGAUAUAAGGGAGAAGAGAGGGCAGGAGAGGCGUCUCCAAGAGAUCCAGCUGCAGCUAGAGCUGCUGGGCCAGGGCCAAGAAAUGACUUUUGACAAACCAAUACUACUGGAGGAGCAGCUGAUGACUCUGUUGGAUGAGUAUGAGAUAUCACAGAGCUGGGGACAUGGUCUGGGGAAAAGGGACACAUCACCCAGGGACAACUCUGAUACGGAGAGCCUGCCGGACAGCACCCCCCGUCUCUCUGACUAUAUCCUGUCAGAGUUGCUUAGAGAUGCAUACACCACCAGCUUUAGCCAGUUGGACAAAGCCACCACUAUGUGUUCACCAUAGAGUAUUAACACAUAUGUUGGGUGUGACAAAUGUAGAAAUGUGUAUAUUUACUGUGCAUUCACAAAGUAUUCAGACCCCUUGACAUUUUCCACAUUUUAUUACAUUACAGCCUUAUACUAAAAUGGAUGAAAUACAUGUUUUGCCUCAUCAAUCUACAUACAAUACCCCAUAAUGACAAAGCAUAAACAGGUUUAUUUUUUAUUUUUUUGUAAAUGUAUGUACAGUGGACUCCAAAAUUACUGGCAAUGCACAAACAAUACUUAAAAAAAUAUAUAAACAAUAUAAUUAUAGAGAUAAACUCAAAAUACCAACAUGAGAAAUACUGUACAUUAUUAUUGUUUCAAUGGAACCAACCAAAAUCAUUAAAUUAUUUAAUACAAAAUAAAUUUAACCAAAAUCAAGGUUUCAUAAUUAUUGUCACUCCUCAUUUAGUACUUAGUGCAACCACCUCUGGCAAGGAUAACCGCAUGGAGUCUUUUCCUGUAAUGUUUGACAAGGUUAAGCAGCACAUUGGGUCAUUAUCUUGUUGGAAAGUCCCCCUACGGCCAAGUCCCUGCCCUCUGGCAGAGGCAACCAGAUUGUCAGCCAAAAUUGCCUGAUACUUGGUAGAACUCAUUAUGCCAUCAAUCUUAACCAGUGCCCCUGGACCUCUGGAAUUAAAACAGCCCCAAACAUCACUGACCCUCCCUCCAUAUUUCAUAUUUCACCGUGGGUAUGAGGUG